UGGAGAGCUUUUUUUUUUUUUUUUUUUCACGCGACAGAGGCACAAAUGAGUAUCAAAGUAAUGUGGAUGUUUCUUUGGAGUGAUUUCAGAUCAGGUCUGGCCUUAGACUGAAUUUUUACGGAUAAUGUACGGACUGUUUUGAAGUAUUUGCCGUUGAAGCUUCAGGAGAUUAACAAACAUUGCUGUAAUGCAUGUAAAGGAGUGCAUCCUGUCUGCUCCAGGGAAGGCGAUACUACAUGGGGAGCAUGCUGUUGUGCACGGAAAGGUGGCCAUUGCCGUCAGUUUGAAUCUGAGAACAUAUUUACGAUUAAAAGCUACCAAUAAUGGUAAAGUUCACAUCAAAUUCCCCAAUAUCAACACCUUCCUCUGUUGGGAUCUGACAGAACUAAAGCUACUGGUUCCUGAUCCUAGUGGUAAAAAGGAGGAAGGCAAACUCCUGAAUCUUGAAUUAGUAAAGUGUCUGCGGGAGUUUGUCGGAGUAACUAAUGGAAACUUGGACACAUCAAAUAUGGCUACUCUGGCAUUCCUUUACAGCUAUAUAUCCAUCUUUGGGACAGGUGAACUGCCCAGCUUAACAGUGACUGUGUGGUCUGAACUUCCCACUGGGGCAGGACUAGGAUCCAGUGCAGCCUUCUCUGUUUGUUUGGCUGCAGCCCUGCUCUGUGCAAGUGGUGCAAUCACUGCACCCCUCAGAGAAUUAGAACACACUGCUAGGUGGUGUCAGGAGGAUCUAGAGCUAAUCAAUAGUUGGGCGUUUAAAGGGGAGAUGAUAAUUCAUGGCAAUCCCUCAGGAGUUGACAAUGCUGUUGGAACAUGGGGUGGGAUGUUGAGAUUUCUCUCAGGGAAAAUUAUACCACUAAGCAGAGUACCACUAUUAAGAAUCCUACUGACUAACACCAGAGUGCCUCGUAGCACUAAAGUACUUGUGGCUGGAGUGAAGGACAAAAUUAAUAAGUUUCCUACAAUUAUGACUCCUGUGCUUGACUCGGUGGAUGCCAUUUCCUGCACUUGUGAGAAAGUGCUUUCAGAAAUGACCCAUGAGCCAAUUACCGGAGAGCACUACAACAUUCUUGAGGAGCUCAUUGACAUAAAUCAACACCACCUCAAUGUCAUGGGGGUGGGACAUCCGACUUUAGACACAUUAUGUCAGGUCACACUGGCCAGAGGACUCCACAGUAAACUCACUGGAGCAGGAGGAGGAGGCUGUGGCAUCACUCUUCUCAGGCCUGAAACCAGUGCUUCUGUUGUCCAGGGCACAGUGCAAGAUCUUAGAGACUGUGGAUUUGAUUGCUGGGAAACAAGCAUUGGUGGUCCAGGCAUUCAGCAGCACUCACCACAUGCAGUUAAGGAUGACAUUUUAGAGAUUUUAAACCAAUAGUGACCUAAAUAUUUAACCUUUUUCUAUUUAAUCUACUUGUUUACUACUCUGACUGCCACUUAAGGACUACUACAGUGGUCACAUGGAUGCAGUCGAUACUUUAUUAAUAAUGAAUUAAUAUUACAUUACCUUAUUACCUUAUAUUAUUAGUAUUACCUAUUUCUAAGGCCAGAUUUUUGUGACUUGUGCAUAAAAACACAAAUGUAUGUAAUUUUUGAGUUUGUCAAUUCUGAAAAAAUAUUUUAAAACCUAGUGUAUGUAAUAAAAGUGGUAAAAUAAA